CAUUAGUAAUUAAUAGUUUACAAAGUUUUAUAGUCGCGAUUUCUUCCUCUGAACACCUGGAAAAAACUCUUUGGGGACAAAUGAUGGACGGUCCUCAUCUGACAGAAGAGGAAAUGACUGAGAUUAAAAAAGACGUCUUGCUCCGGAUGCGGCAUUACCUGUGUGAAACUAUCCGUGCGGAGCGUCACUUGGACUUCCUGAGGUCUAGGAGGAUUCUGUCCCGGGACGAUGCAGAGGAGAUAGGUUGCCGAACUACUCAGAGGAAAAGGACUGCGUUGUUACUAGACUUUCUCACAGACAACCCCCGCGGACUGGAUGCACUACUGGACUCCAUCAGGGAAAUGCGUCAAAACUUCAUCAUCACCAAAAUCACAGAUGAAAUGCAAAAAGCCAAAAAUGAAAAGAUUGAGUCUCUUAGAGCUUCAGCAUCCAGUUCAUCUGACGUAGCUUGUGGCACUACAUCCACCUCCGACCUCUCUUUCUCUAAUACCUCCACUAUGCUGUUCCACCCAGACAGCGAGAAGAGCCCCUCCUCUUCAGAAUUAGCAACAUCGCUCAACCUCAUGUCUGACCAGAAGGUGGCAGAGUUGAGCUCUGUGGCCUGCUCUAACCUGCCCUCCACCUCCUCUAGUCUCCCCAAACCUGGAGACCCUGGGGCCCCACCUCUGCCUGAUGAAAUCCUGGUGGACUCCCCCUCAAAUAUAGAUGCUGCCUCUCCUGGAUGUUCUAGCACUGGAGGAGACCCCAACUUCCACCCACUCCGGUCGCGCUCACUCACUCCCAGUUCAGCCAGGAGCCUCUUUUAAUAACCUCUAGAGAAAGAUAUUUAUGGGUUUCAGCUUUUUGAAAAAUGACUUUUUCCCAAUCAAAAUAUAUAAUAUUUUGUUUUAAAUUGUUAAUUGCUAUGGUGACCAAUGAACUGAACAGACAUUGAAAUGUUCAUGGGUUUCAGCAUUAUUCAGCAUUCAAAAGCUAAUAAUAUAAUAUUUUUUAUGAACUGGUACUUGCUAUGGCAAUGGUGCUGUUUUUUAUUACUCUAAACCCAUGUCUAAGAGACAUUUACCCAUGCCCCUUUUCAGGCUAAGAGAAAGAGAAAGAUAUACAUUAUCAAGAGACUUUGAAGUGAUGUUACCUUGACAACAAUAAUCAAAUCGGUGAUCUUAGAAGUGUUCUGAAAAUAUAUUUUUUCCCUUUUUUGUAACUGUUCAAUUUCGUAUAAUGUGACUGCUUCAUUUUCUGUAAUUUGUCAAAGCUGCUGGUAAUUUGACUACACUUUUAUCACCUCACAUACAAUAUACAUCAUAUAAUUUUCCUAGGUCAUUUACUCAGUUCAGACUAGGUGUGCUGCAAAGGUGCCUGUAUGUCUGAUACUGUUCGGUUCUGCUGCCUAUAAGUGAAUGUUCUGAAGUUACAUUAACUUAAAUAUUAACACUGGUUUAUAUCACUCUACCACAAGUACUCUUUUUUUUUCUACUACUACUGAUACAUAUUGUACUAUUUGUGUUCAAACUGUAUGUGCUGUUUGUGUUGUAAUAAUGAUCUAUAGUAAUGACUAGUCAUGUGUCUAUAUUUAUGUCAAAUUAAGCCUUGAUAGACAGUGCAAGUCAAACUGUAUGAAAUAUGAAAAGGUUUAUUGUGUCUAGAAGUAUGGAUUGUAAAUUUCAAUAUACUCUUUGUUUUGUUAACCUCUG